GAUGGACGCGCCUUCUUCGCACGACCGGUCGUUUGCGCACAUGAGUCCACGCUGUGCUGGUCUCACAACUGCAAAGGCGAAUCGGAGUCGCUGUCAGCUCAGCAAGUGUGCUACUGACAAAACAAUGUUGCGAAUACAUGCUCUGUCAGCACCCCAUGCUUCGUCGCUGGGCAAGCACGCGUCGGGCUGAUACCCGCCAUACCCGCUCGCUUUUCUCCUCAGCUUCCUCUCCCACCCUUGUACCACGACCAUGUCUGCAAAUGGCACGAAUGGUGUCGCUACGAACAUUGCUGCGGGCACAAAGCGGUCCUUGAGCCCCGAAGAUGAAGAAAGUCACACCCCACCUGUCGGCAGACAGCGAAGUCGCGUCGCCUGCACGCCAUGCAGACUGCGAAAGCGCAGGUGUGACGGAAAACUGCCUUGCGCUACUUGCGUUCGAUAUGAGUAUCAAUGCGAGUAUGACCAGAAGGCGAAACGCCCUUCAAUGCCGCACGACGCUGAUGUUGCGGCGCCGCCGCCUCCCGUGCAAGAAAUGGGACGCACUCCACCCAGCAUAAUCCAGCUCCAGAAGCAUCCAUUGACCGCUCCGGGAGCACGGUUCCAUCACCGUGGCAUUCUGGACCCCGUCAAAACUCGGUUUGUGAGGGCGAACUCUGCCAUUGCCUUUCCCCGUAUCCUUGGUAUGGACCUGGAGUCGGAAAGUAUACCUCGAUUACACUCCUUCGCAUGGCAUCUUGGAAUUCGAGCAGAACCUAAUGAGCCUCCAACCAAUGUCACAGAGCACAUGACUUGGGCAGAAUUCCAAACGUUAGCUGCCGCGUACUUCAAAUUCGUCAAGCCACAAUUUGGUCUGUUGGACGAGGCAGACUUCAUGGAGCAGGUGGCUCCGAGAUUCGCAGAUCCGGCCGGAGUCAAAGACAUCGACUGUGUCCUGCUCGGAGUCGCUGCCUUGGGCUCUUUCUUCUCUGCCACGCCUCAUCCGAAAGAGGUGGCAUUCAUGUUCGACGCGCGCAGAGUUCUCGUGGAGCGGAGUGUGAGCAACUCGCCCACUCCGAACCAUAUAGCUGGCUGGAUCCUCCGAACACUGUACCUUCGGCUUACUUCACGACCACACGGUGCUUGGAUAUCGAGUUGCAUAACGAUGCAUCAAGUUGAGGCCGGCGGAUUGCACAAGGAAAUACAAACCAUUGCGGUCGUCUAUCCUCAAAUCCCCACCAAUGACCACAAGUUGGCAAAGAACAGGCGGAGGCUGUUCUGGGUCGCACGUGCGCUCAACACGAUCCUCUCCUUCGAAUAUGGACGCACGAGGGUCAAUUUCGAUGUUGUGACUACCAAGAAGUUUGCGCCUGAGAACGGAAGUUAUGCACAUCAGUACGUGGAGCUGGCGGAUCUCUUGCCGAAUGACUUUGUGGAUCGAGAUCGUGAGCCGGAUCCUCCUGCGGCUCUAGGGAAAGCUCUUGACAAGAUUGAGGCCAUGCAGACUGACUCUAGCUUCAUAUCGCUCCUCAAAGCUGAUCUCUCGUUCGCCAUCUAUCGAAGAUUGUGGUUGAUGAGUCUGACUGACGCCAAAGAUCGCGCCGACACGGUCAUUGGCAUUGGCAAAGCAGCACUGCCGGCUGCAGCGAAACUUCUAGCCACCAGGACCCCGUGGUGGAAUGUCAUUUGCACGCCGUUUCAAUUGGUCUGCGUCGUCAUUUCUGUCAGCACACCUCGAAGCCUUUCGCACAUCCAAGAGAUUAUGAACCUGAUGAACAACAUUGCAGAAGUAUAUGACACGCACAUGGUGCGAGAGGCAUACACCCAAGCGACAGCUCUUAUCAAUAUGGCCAAGAAGCGGAAGCAAAAAGAGCUUGAUGCGCUCAACGCGAUACCAGAGAACCCGCCUUUUCCUAUCGACUAUCCUUCGACAGGUGCCCAUAGCACCCUUUCCGACGCUCCGAACAUUGAUUGGGCUAUGGAGCUGCCGUUCGAGUGGGACAUUUUCCUCAACCCGGAACUGGUGGUAUCCAGUCAGCAACCGAUGCCUCCUAUCGACAAUUCCUAUGCAAGCCAGUUCAAGUUUCCACCGGCUCCAUGAGAUAAAAUAGUCAAUGGCAAUUUCCGUGCUGCCCAGAAACGCGAGUUGUGUUGUGCCAUGCAAUACGGGUGGUACAACUCCGGAGUCCAGUGAUAGUCCAGGCGCUCUACGGCCGGCGAUUCGUUCAACUCGGAGAGGAACCUGUUUCAGCUGCCGACCCGAAACACCACUGCACUUAUUCUCUUGGGUGCAUAAAGAAUGUAGAUCGCUAAGUUUGCAUGUACAGGUCGCAGCGAAAGUGGCGAAUCAGAAGUCUACAAUCAGACAUCACCUUUCUUGAUCGGCAUACGUGCAGCUUGGCAACCUUUACGACCACUCCCAAAGGGUUCUGUGCUACCGCUCAGCUGCUUAGCUGCAAAUGGCAGGACCA